AUGCUUUUAAAUGGUUUGCUGCUUCCAAUCGUAUUUGCAAGUUACGCCAAUGCGGUUUGGUACAAAGAUAUUAUAUCACCGAAGGGAUGGGAAUUCGGCGACGGGAUGAUUUUUCACGUCGAAGACACCAAAAAUUCGAACUCGUCCUUUUUCGACAGGAUCGCCCUGAGGGUAGAUUACGGAAACGUCGCUGUUAGUGCGGUGCCCAAACCGGAGAAAGAAGCUGUCCAAUUAGAUUUUUUUGUGAAAGACCAACAAGAAGGUAGAAGUAAAAAAACAAUGGGUAACAUGUUAAUACCUUUCUGGCUGGGGGCGGCAAAAGGCACCGCCGUAACGACCCUCUUGGCCGGCAUGAAACUAAUGGCUUUAAAAUCCUUAUUGAUUGCCAAAAUAGCAGUGAUCAUUUCAGCCGUGAUAAUAGCCUCUAAAUUUUUAAAGAAAUCCGAGCCCUAUUACGUGGAAGUGGAGCAAAGCGCGGGUUCCCAUCCCGUACCCGUCUACGAAUUUCCAGGAGAAAAUCAUGUGGUAGACCAGCAAGUAUACGCGUAUUCUCCUUACCAUGCGUACGCGCCUUCAGCCAGCGACGCUGCAGGAAAUUAUGCCACGGUAGUGGAAGUCGCAGGUGGCGAAAACGAAACGGCUGCUGGUAAACAAUACGCCCUGCCUGUGCCUGCGGCUGCGAAGAGGAAGGAUCCCGCAAAAAGGAAAUUUAUACCCGCAUCAACCGUUUUGACUAUAAAACAUUACAACAAACCCAAUAGUCUACUAUAA